UUGUUCUUCUGACUGACAUUUUCAUACUGCUGUCUGCAGUUCAGAUUGUGGUACAAUUUGCGAUUUCCUAAAAACAUGGCCGUACCCGACUCACACUUAUCAGCCAUAGAACUGCUCCACAAAGGGGAGGAUGGCCGGGAGAUACCCGCACUAAAUAAAGUCUGGCCCGAGGUUUUAGGAGCUACUUUCGGAAUAUGUAUGGGAGCAUUCCUCAACCACCAAACUAGACGUCCUGCUUUCAGUGGAAUCCAGAAACAUAUACUUUUGACGGCUGGAUUCAUAGGUCUAUUCACUUUUGCCCAAAAAACACGUAAUUCUUACUUAGCUGAGAAGGAUGCUGUUUACAAACAUUACAUUUCGUUGCACCCUGAAGACUUCCCGGAACCGCCACGCAAGAAGAUUGCUGAUAUCAUAGAACCAUGGGUCCCUGUUCGUUAAAUAUUAUAUAUGUUGUUUAUUUAGACCAGUAAUUAGAUUAUGUGAAUGAAAAGAAAAACCUUUCAUUGAAUAAAUAAUUAUUUAUUGCUGAAUAACUUGUUGUUCAAUAGUUUCAGUUGUACAAUAUGGCUUGGGAAACGUGUCAAGGUUAAUAAAUAGCUUUUAUUUAGU